ACAUGUCCCCAUCACUGGUCGGUGUGACUGAUUUGGCAUCAGUUCUGUUACAAUGUUUUGUCCUAAUACUGAUGGGCUAUAUAUCGGGUCGUUUAGAGCUGAUGCCAGUGUCGGACACAGGUUUGGGCACAUUUGUCACGUACUAUGCAUUGCCGGCCCUUAUCUUCGAGUCGAUCGCUACCUCAGACUUAUCACACAUUGAUUGGCAAUUUGUGGUCAGUCUUCUCAUAUCCAAGACUAUACUAUUUGUGUCAGUGAUUAUAAUAACAGCAAUUCUGACGAAACCCACAAAUGUAGGCAAAUCAGGCCUUUUUGCCAUAUUUUGCACUCAAAGCAAUGACUUUGCUUUGGGUUAUCCACUAUUGCUCUCACUUUACGGCAAAUCUAAUCCACAAUAUCCGGGAUAUCUGUAUGUCUUAGCGCCGAUUCAAUUGGUUGUAUUGAAUCCUUUGGGUCUUAUGUUAAUAGAAGCGGACAAACAGUGCCGAAGACAACGAUUACAACUCAAUAACGUUUCCGUCAUUUUGUUUAAAGUAUUGAAACAAAUACUUAAGAAUCCGAUUAUAAUAAUGACUGUUUUGGGUAUCGUUUGGAACCUAUUAUGUGGUAAUCAAAUGCCACAACUCCUCACACCUCUCCUCCAAGUCUUGUCCAACUCUUUCUCCGCGACCGCACUCUUCCUCUUGGGCUCACAAUUGGUGGGAAAACUCAAAAUAUUCACCUCUUCUUCGCAUAUAGUGUUGAUAUCAUUGGUAUUAGUGAUGACAAAGAUUCUGAUUCUUCCGCUUCUGAAUCGAGUAGUCAUUCAGAAUGUAAUGGACUCUCAAAACAACCAGACAUUAGAUUUAACCAAUUUUGGCUUUCUUUACGGCACUUUCCCAUCAGCGCCGACGGCAUUCAUAUUCGCCCUCCAAUACGACUCCGGCAUUCCCUCAACAAUACUGUCCACCGGAAUGGUUAUGUCGACCGUAUUGUCGGCACCCCUUAUGUUUGUUUCGGCAAACAUGAUAAGAAUGUCGGCCAAUGAAACGCUUCCGUGCCCUGAAUUUGCCAAUGAUUUGGGACAAACCAUGUCUUAUUCCGGUCUAAUUGAAGACAUUGAAUCUGAUUCUCAAGAAGAAGAGCUAAUCCAUGAAUCCGAACAUUUGAUGUACACUCCAACCAUCCGAAGAGGAAGAAUACGAACCUUUUCCAAUCCAAUCACUGCUUCCCAUCAAACGCAUGACGAGAAUGCGGUGAUUGAAGUGGAAGAUCUUUUGGCGUCUGCGGCACCCGUUUCUAGAGAUCUUUGCCAACAAUCCAAUUGUUCCCAAACCAGAAGAAAGAGUUGUAUAACACAUGUUCGCAGAUAUCGUCAACGUAUGGAAGAGGCCAACGAAAUGACACCUCUUAUACCGACUGAUGACCAUUUGAUUGAAUGUGUUUCAGAUUUCCAUCAACUUUCACAGCAUAUGUUUCUUUUGCUAACACUUUUGCCCUCAAUGUUAAUCGGAUUAACAGUUUCUGUGGGCAAACUAGUGAUGGAGAGACCGACCGGAAUAUUCAUAGAAUUGGAAUUUCUGGAUAUAUUACUGAAUUACGGUCAGGGAGUCAUCACUUUUCUCAUCUUUGGUCUCGAUAUGACUCCUGUUGUCUAUAAAUUGCGAAAACUGUAUUUCGGCGGUUCGGACACAAACACACAUUGCGUGGAUUUGCCUCCAUUGGAGGCCAUUAGCCCCGUAACCAAAGAAGUGUGCGAACAAUUCAAUACAUUUCAUAAAUACAAUUGCAUUAAAGAUAUUGUCUUUGAACACAAAGUCAAUCAAAUCAGUUAUCGUGUGUUUCGUGGGAAAGAUUUCGUCGAUUGGUUGAUAAGGUCUGGAAUUUCCAGCAAAAGAAUAGACGCCGAGACUUAUGGCAAGCAUUUAUUGACUGGUCGUAUUUUAGAAACGGUUUGUGAGAAACAAAAGUUGGAUCCAACAGAAUAUGAGUUAUUGCGAAACAACAAACCGAUUGAUUUGAGUUUAACCAUACGUUUUGCAAACAUUCCCAAUAACGGACAGUUAGACCUAAGACAGGCCACUACUAAGCGAUGCGAUGAAAAAGUAACGAUUGCUAUUGAUUUGGAAACCGGUGAACGAAAAGUACAUGAUUUUGAAACAAAUCACAACUUAUGGGAUAUAAUACACCAGAUCUUCGCAGGCAAUCCUAUAUUGAAUUUUGAUCAAAACAUGGAAUUAUGUGUCAUUUAUAUCGGAAAAGAGAUUUGUGGAGAACAGCAGUUAAAGCAAACAAACUUAAAGAGUUUAGGUCUGCUUCGGGGCAGAGUUGUCAUGAGAUUAGUGGUCAGAGCCGUCAAUUCAACCAAAACACAAGCUUUUGUUGAAGCACUUGUAUUACCUAAACCACAGAGUUUACCCAAAAACGUAAACACAAACCAAACUGAAGAGAAAGUAACACAAAAAGCACAACAACCUCCACCAGAAUCACACCCACAACCGCCGCCACCACUACAACUACAAUCACAACCCCAGCCAUCAGAACCACAAACAUCUAAUUAUCAACAAAUGGAUGUUAAGCAAGAAGUGCCUCAAAAUAAUAAUACGACAAUUAAUGAAGUGAAACACAUUGAAGAGGAUAAAUGUGAAGAUAUGGAAGUCGAGUCUGAUUUGGACGAAAGUUCUGAAGCCAUCAAUUAUUUGGGAGACAAUAAUAGCGGCAUUUUAUUUAAAAUGUCUGAUUUGCCAAAAGUGUCUAAAAUUGAAUUUCCCGAUGAUUUCUACGUAACAACAAAAGAUGAUUUGGUAUCAGUUCUCAAAGGCCUUCGACAACAACAAAUCGGAGAAAACGAGAAUAUGUUAGAAACCAAACGAAUGAAAGAACAGAAGAAAUUGGCUGAAAGGCAAAGAUAU